CCGCCCGGCCCCCCGCCCCCGGCUGGCCCGCCGGCCCGGGCCGCGCCUCCCCCACGGCGGCGCCGCCGGCCGCGCGGACCGGGUCCCCGCCCGCGUCCCCCACGGAGCGCGUCAUGCGGAGCCUGCCGUACUUCUGCCGCGGCCAGGUGGUGCGGGGCUUCGGCCGCGGCUCCCGGCAGCUCGGCAUCCCCACGGCUAAUUUUCCUGAGCAAGUAGUAGACAAUCUCCCUGCUGAUGUAUCCACUGGCAUUUAUUAUGGUUGGGCCAGUGUUGGAAGCGGUGAUGUCCACAAAAUGGUGGUGAGCAUUGGAUGGAACCCGUACUAUAAGAAUUUGAAAAAGUCCAUGGAAACCCAUAUCAUGCAUACUUUCAAAGAAGACUUCUAUGGGGAAAUCCUCAAUGUGGCCAUUGUUGGCUACCUCAGACCAGAAAAGAACUUUGAUUCUUUAGACUCUCUCAUUGCAGCCAUUCAAGGGGAUAUUGAAGAAGCCAAGCGGCUGCUGGAAUCCCCAGAGCACUUGAAGCUCAAAAAUGACAGUUUUUUCCAGGUCUCUAAAGGAAAGAUUAUGAAUGGUCACUGAUAAAAG